AUGGUAUUAACGCCCAAGAUCGGUGACCGUUAUCAACAACAACACCAAACGGCUUCGCCUUAUACUCCUAUAACCGAUCAUCAAGCAACAUCGUUAUCGUCAUGCUAUGAUGUUUCAAUGUAUAGUAUUGAUACACCAGCUAAAGUAACGAAUAUAGACAGUCAAACGACACAAGUUAAUCAACCAUCAAAAUCAUCAAGAUCAUCAAAAUGGUCUAUAGACGAUUUUAAUAUUGGUCGUCUAUUAGGUGAAGGAACAUUUUCAAAAGUUAUUCUUGUUGAAGAGAAAAAAACUGGAUAUUUAUGUGCAUUAAAAAUUAUUAAAAAAGAAUUUAUUUGUCAAUAUAAUCAAGAACAUCAAUUAAUACGUGAAUUAGAAAUACAUAUGCGACUAUUUCAUAAACAUAUAUUGCGUAUGUACGAUUUUUUUUAUGAUUCGGAACGAAUUUAUAUUAUUAUAGAAUAUGCACCAAAUGAUACAUUAGCAAAUUAUUUAAAACGACAUAAACAAUUAGAUAAUAUAACAUCGGCAACAUAUAUUUAUCAAUUGACAGAUGCUAUUCAUUAUUGUCAUCGGUUAUUAAUUAUGCAUCGUGAUAUUAAACCGGAAAAUAUUUUAUUGGGACAAUUUAUGGAAAUUAAAUUAGCUGAUUUUGGUCUAGCACUACAUUGUCCAAGUUCAAGACGAACAUUUUCAUGUGGAACAAUGGUAAAAUCAGAUUACAUGGCUCCUGAAGUCAUUGAAAGUGAAGAUAUUAGCAAUUGUUUGGAACAAAACUCAUUAUUAUCAUCGUCGACAACGUCAGCAACCACAGUUCCAACUUUAUCAUCUCGGCAAACGACACCCUAUGAAGAAUCUGCUGAUUUAUGGAGUCUUGGUGUGAUUGCUUAUGAAUUAUUAGAAGGUCAAACGCCGUUUUAUGACCUUGAUGUUAGUAUGACAAAAAAACGGAUAUUAAAUUGUGAUUAUUCAUUACCAGAUACAAUGAAUGAAUAUGCAAAACAUUUUAUACAUAAUUUAAUCAAAUAUAAUCGACAAGAACGUUUGACAACUAGUGAAAUAGUUAAUCAUAAAUGGAUAGAAAAAUUUGCAAAAAUUAAUUUUGUUAAUGAAACAUUUUCACAAUAUGUUACAAUGAAUUUUAAGUAA